UUUUCGGUACAUUAUUCAAGUAUAUACUAAAAACCCUCGCUCAAAUCCUCUCCCUCCCACCAUGAAACCAUUUUGUGUUUUACUUACUUUCUUGCUCUUGCUAGCAGCAAGUAGUAAGAAGGUGAACUCAGCCAAAACCGAAACAGUGUCCUUCAACUACAACUCUUUCAAUCAAGGUAACCCAGCAAUAACUUUCCAAGGUGACGUCACUGUUCUUUCAGAUGGCAAUCUCCUGCUCACCAAUCUCAACAAGUCAAAUAGCGUCGGCCGUGUUCUGUAUGCCACGCCGGUGCGCAUUUGGAGCAGUGCCACCGGCAAUGUCGCCAGCUUCGUCACCUCCUUCUCUUUCGAGAUGAAGGAUUAUAACGAUUAUGAUCCUGCCGACGGUAUCAUCUUUUUUAUUGCACCGGAAGAUACCCAGAUUCCUGCCGGCAGUAUUGGUGGUGGAACCUUAGGUGUCUCUGACACCCAAGGUGCGGGUCACUUUGUUGGCGUAGAGUUUGAUACCUAUUCCAACAGUGAGUACAAUGAUCCACCCACUCAUCACGUUGGAAUUGAUGUAAACAGUGUGAAAUCGUUGAAGACCGUACCAUGGAAAAGUGUGAGUGGAGCAGUGGUGAAAGUGACUGUGAUAUAUGACUCUUCAUCAAAGACAUUGAGUGUUGCUGUGACCAACGAGAAUGGCGAUAUUACCACCAUUGCCGAAGUUGUUGAUUUGAAGGCGAAGCUUCGGGAGAGGGUCAAGUUCGGUUUUUCUGCCUCCGGCUCCGCUGGCGGUCGUCAGAUACAUCUCAUCCGUUCGUGGUCGUUUACUUCGACCUUGUUAACAACAACAACUACAAGAAGCAUCAACAACAACGAAAAGAAAAUAAUGAAUAUCUUAACUGCAUGAUUUG